GUUGCAGUAUUUUAGUAAGACUGCAUGUUUAACUCUACAAACAGAACCAGUACAGUGAGAAUUUGGUGAGUAUAUCAAGCGGAAUUUAAGCUGCUUUAUGGAUUUUAAUGGCCUACCGUUUCAUUUCAUUUACACAAGAAAGGUUUUUUAAGAAAACUAUAUUGGACAAAAUGUUUGUAUUUUGAUUUAAGGGUGUGUCCUAAGAAACAUUUGAUCAAAAUCAAAAAAGAUGGAUAAACAAAUGUGUUUUACAACAUUUAUUUUACAAAGCUAAACAAAAUGUGCUGGAAAUACAAGAAUGCGUAUCUGUGUUGGAUAUGGAUCAUGUGCAAUAAGUUGUUGUAUCAAAAUUGCUUUGUCUGCCUUGUCAUUAUAUUCCACUAUACUAUUUUAUGUUUAUUUUGGAAAUGUUACCAUACGAAGAAAUGGGCAACUUAACAGCCAAACCUGAAUGGGAAAACCCAUGGAGAAACACUGAAUGGGGGAAGGCCAAAAAAGACUCUUUAAUAAAAAGCAUUAAAGAGAUGAAACCAAGCAGAACAGAUCUGAAAUGCUUGGGGGUGUUAGUUGUUGGUCCCUGUGGUUCAGGAAAAUCCAGUUUUAUAAACUCUGUUAAUAACGCCUUCAAAGGACGAAUAACCAGCAGUGCACUGAGUGACAGGAUUGGUGGAAAAAGCUUCACAGUUGAAUACAAAUCAUUCGAAAUUGAAUCUGGAAAUUCAAGUUUGCCGGUCGUCUUUAAUGAUGUCAUGGGCCUGGAGACAGGACCUAUGCAAGGCUGCCCAGUGGAGGACAUCAUUAAAGCCAUUAAUGGCCACGUUCGACAUGGUCAUGUGUUUAAUCCAGAAAAACCACUGUCUCCAGGGGAUGGAACAUUUAAUGAAGCACCGAAAGUCUCAGACCAGGCAUUCUGUCUAGUGUAUGUUUUAGCAGCUGACAGAAUCCAGUUUGCAGACGAAAAUGUCUUACAAAAGAUGAGAGAAAUUCGAUUGCAAGUCAGAAAUCUUGGGUUGCCCCAGGUCAUUGUCUUGACAAAUGUGGAUCAAGCUUGUCCACUGGUGAAAAAUAAUUUAAAGAAAAUCUACUACAGCAAAAAAAUCAAAGAGAGGAUGGAAUGGUGCAGUACUGCAGUUGGUGUUCCAAUGUGCCACGUUUUUCCUGUGAAAAACUACCAUGAGGAAAUCGAAACCAGUUGUGACACAGAUGUUCUGAUUUUACAGGCAUUAAUGCAGAUUAUAGAGCUGGCUAAUGACAAUGUAAAGGAGCGUGCAGCUCAGCAAUCUUAGUUUACAGUACUGUAGUGUAACUGACAAAACCUUACCUCAUAUAUUAAUCAUUUUUUAAAAUUAUAAUUAUUAAAAUGCACAUGACCAUAUAUUUUAAAAAUCCCACACUGUUUUAAAAUGACCACUGUUACAUAUAGACAACUUUUAGAAAAGUGUUGCUUUUUAAGAAAGUUACUUUACUGAAUAUAUAUUCUGUUAAAUAGUAUGACAGUAGUUCUUAAUGUUGAAUUCCUGUUUUUUUUUUUUCCCUCUUUUAAUGAUAUAGACCUAAUCAAUAGAUAAUGGACCUAAAAGCAUUAUAGGGAUUUGUAAAGAUAUUUGACUGGAUCUUGUUCUUCUAUUUUCUGAUUCUGCUUUGUGUUUUAUAUAAUCAUGCUUAAUAUCGGUGGUCAUUAAUUCAUGUAUUCAAGCUAAUAACUGUUGUUAGGGCACUGUCAUUUCCCUGCCUACAAUUGCACAUGUCAAUAAAAAGAAUAAAAG